AGCAUAUCUAUCAUAUCGAGCUGGGAUCUGUCAAGUGGACAAGUGCUUUAGCGAUGUUUGCAGAAAGCUAUGGUCUCAUUAUUUUAGGAGCCGCUCUUUUAGCCCGACUGAGGGUAAUGUACCUAGUGUUUAGGAAAGGCGACUUCGAUGUACAGUACAAGAAGGUUGUGCUGCGAGUUGUAUUUUGCGCAGUGCUUCCGUCGCUGUGCGUAUUUAUGAUCUAUCUACCAGAAAAGUACUUUUUUAUUGCGGGAUUGAUCCUGAGAUUACUGCUUGUCAGUGUGAUCCUAGAGACCAUCUACUAUUGCGUCAGAUUAAGAAAAACCAAAUAUCUGCGUGACCAGUAUGUCGGAUUAUUGACGACUUGCGGGAUAUCGAUCGUGUCAAUUCUGUAUCUUGCCAUUAUUCUUCCGAAUCUCAACAGUUCAGUUCGAGUUAUCGACCAUUUCAAUGCCAUAAUGGUGGUUGUUUGGGUAUUUAAUGUGGAACUGAUUGGGCCCUCAGUGUACCAAACAUUCGUGGCGCAUCUGCAUCGAAAUAAUCAUAUAAAUUACGACAAUGUCAGCCUGAGCUUGGUGAUAAAUAAGCGAAGUAAAAGAACGGGACUGCAGACGGUGCUGGAUGAUGAUCGACUGUAUCCUACACUUUUAAAGAUCGCACAAGAACGUUACUGUGAAGAGAAUGUUCUCUUCCUUCACGAUGGUAAACUGUUGUAUAAUUCGCUCAAAAUGUAUCAAACCGAGGCGGAUGCACAAAAGCAAGCUUGUGAAGCUACACCGGUCUCAACGGAUGAUAAUCAGAGCCCGGCCAGAAAAAUCGAGCUCGUGCGAACAACGAUACACGAUUGUAGUAGAAGUGAAACAUGCAAGAAGCAAGAAGAGAAUGUCAGAGUCAGUACACGCGAUACACACAGCACGGUGGACGAAUCUCCGGGUGACACCGGUGUUGUAUCAGAUCAUUGCACUCCGAGAUUGGUGACUGAAUUAUAUCAGUUUUUAGAUAAGUACGUGAUGAGGAGCGCACCCACGCCAGUUAACUUGGCCAGCUCACAAAUAAGUGUGCUACGGCAAGCAAGGUCUUUUGACAGGUUGAGCCGGAAUGAUGCCGAUAAUAUUAUGAAUGUGCUCGUGUUGAGUUUGGCUGAUGUAGAGAUCCUGUUUGAGUCUUCGGGUGUGUUGGCCAAAUUCGAGCGGACUUCAGCUAUCACCGGAAUUUGUGCAGAAAGAGAGGCUGUUAUCAGAUUAGGAAUAGAGACAAGGGAAGAGUUGCAAUGACUGUCGUUUGACUUAUUAUCGGAGUGUCGUCCAGACGGCAGCUGCAUUUGCUGAUCGCUGGGAUAUUUUGUUCUGGUUUCUCAUGACCGUUGACGGAAGUGUCACACCCAUUACUGUCGAAGCCCCAACCUGAUGCGAUUCAGGCGCUAUUUAACUGUUUGAUAGCUGUGCCUGGCGUCGUUGGCAGUGCAAAAUAGAAUUUGCCGCCGUAGAUGAUUUCUUAUCAAUAUGUUGGUAAUAGUUGUUGAUUUCAAACCCGGAGUCUAUAAGUGAAAGGUCUCUUUCGUGGUAUAUUUACACGAAGACGGCCGAGGCUUUUAACUAUCCCUGCCCUUGCACUAUUCGGUCGAUGCAUAAGAACGAAGGGCACUCUGCCAAGAGGCAUGUCGUUGGGACGCCUAAAGUCCCCAGGAAAAAGACGCAAAAAGGUUUCGCCUUCAGAGACAAUCUUGCGGAGUCCAGCGGCC